AUGGAUAUCCUGAAAGAGCUCCAUGUCUCCAUCACAGAGGCGUGUGAAUCUUCUUUUCAUCAGGCCUUCCAGAACUUACAGUCUAACUUUGCCACCCAUCAGGCCAAUUUGACAGCAGCCAAGAACGAAGCAGCCAUUGCCAACGAAGCCCGCCAAACAGCAGAAAGCAGAAUACAAGGGCUCCAACGCGAGAUUACGGCACUCCAAACAGAGUUAAGCCAUUAUGAUUUCAGCCCAGCCGACCUGGAAUCCCCUGUGAAUUGGGCUGACUUCAAACAUGGAUUUGCCCCAGAGCAUCUCUGGGGGACUGACCUGGAAAAUGUGUCCCGAGAAACCCUGGCUGCCAAGUACAUGAUCCUCUACAAUGAUUUACACAUAUAUUGUCAGAGCUGGGGCAGCUUGAAAGCCAGGAUUUCGCAACAUAAGAAGAAAUUGCGCCAUGUAGACAAACAACUACAGCGGGAUGAAUUCACACUCAUACAGAAUGGGGUGCCAGUCACAUUCAAAAGAGUUCAAAACUCAGAGGCUUGCCACACCGGUAAAGCUGCAGUAUCAUCCAGUGCAGCUACUACGCAAAGUAAAUCUCAGAACCCGGAGAUUUCCCGCAGCUCAGAACAGCCCAAUAGCUCUACUCAGAACCAGACUGGUUCAGCAGAUACAUCAGCCGUUGCAAUCAAAGCAGAGGAGCACAGCCAGCACGUUCUUGUUCCUCACCAUGCAGAACUAUGCCUUACACAGUCUUCGCCCGGGUGCGACCCAGAUUCCUCGGAGUCGCCUUCCGAUGUGUUGCAUCCGCUGCCAAAUUUACAAAAUCGAAAGAGAAAGCGUGUGGUGGCGCCUUCUCAGUCCCACGCUGCGGUUGGCAAUACCGGUCGAUCAGUGCUGGUGAAAAAUGAGACGAUGUCUUCGAGCCCUCUACAGCAUUCAAACCAUGUCCUAGGACAGUGUUUUCCAAGCACCCAGGACCUAGAUGACAUCGGCGACGCUGUACUGACACCCACUAAACGACAUGCACGCCGAGCGGUGCAUUGGGAUGACUCAAGAGACUUGGAUCAUGGGCCAACCCGGCUCUCUGUUUUGCAACCAAUUGAUGGCAAUACGCGAACAGCAAGAGUCUCCAAUUUGACAUAUGGCGAUAAAAGGAUUAGAUCUACAGACCCACGUGCAGUCUUAUCAAUGUCAGAAGAUGGUGAUACGGGUGAUUUUAGUGCGCAUUCUCAUCCUAAGAGCAGCACUUCAAUCCCCCCCGCCGCAACAGCAAAUAUGAAGUCUCAUUCCAACCUCACCCAAGGCCGCCUAGAAAGUCUUCUUGAGAAGCCACUGCCAUCUAAAUCACCCCUCUCAUCCUUCAAAGGCACACCUGGGCGAAUGACCACACAAACUUCUGGGCGAAACGAUACUUCAGGGAAGAACGCUGGGCCUGUUGAAUAUUUCUCCUCCCAACCAUAUCCACUGCAAAACGAGGAGUCUGCAAGCCAACCUGGUUUGAAUGUGCAUCCUGAAGAUGAACCGUACAGGUCACGCCCUCUUCACAGGCUGACUCUGGGUCACUUUAAGCUCAAUCCCCAGAGAAAUGAGGGGCUCGACUACGCAUACAGCGAAGUUGUUCGCAAGAAAGAUGAUCGCAAGUGCCUCGCUGGUUGUACACGACCUGAAUGCUGUGGAGGCCGAUUUCGCGCAAUGGCUCGUCUCGGUGGAUUACCUGCCAAAUCCCCCUCGGAACAGGAGGAAGAAGACCAGCGGGUCAUGGAGGAUUAUGUGGGGGAAGACUACCAUUUGUUGGAAGGGCUAAGUGCCCGAGAUCGUGACCAUCUUCUCAUCGAAGCCCGAGCCCGAGCCAUAGCCAACCAAUAUGGAAAACAUCGGCAUAAUCACCAGCGGGCUCGGUCACCCCCGGGGUUUUGGCGAACCGAAAUGCCAUCCACUCAAGAACUUAAAUCUGACCGAGAGGCUGCACAGAGACAAGACCGAGAGAAGGUAGAGGAGCGGUACCGGGAGGCCAUGCGGCCCGGGGGAUUGUGGACCUGGGCAGAUGAAUAG